AUGACAUCUCAUUUGCAUCACAAAAAGAGCACACAGUCCAUGCAGCGUUCAGAGAAUAAUGGUAAUAACGAGGGCACCCGUAAUAGGUUCUAUAGCAUAUCGUCAGAUAUAAUCCCACAGACAUUAACACAUCCAGAUGACGAUGAAGGUGGUACUACGAAAUCAUUAAAGUCUCCUAAUACAAUGCAACCGCCACCUACUUGGACAAAUGUUGGUUUCCAAUCGAUAUUUAAUGAUGGUGGUCACAGAAGAUCUAAGCAGAGCCUUUUAUCUGUAGAAUCAAAGGAAAGUACACCAGUAUCUGGUAGGAGAAGUGAUGAAUCAGGAUUUGGUCUGAGUAAGGAUGAUUCUCGAAUAUCAGAAGAAGAGGAUGUUUCUAAUGAAAGUAUGCAUACGAACACAUCAAGUACAAAGGAAAAACUGAAAUCUUCAUUAUUUGGCAGGACCAAAGAAACUCUACCCAAGAAUGAAAGGGGUACAAGAUUGUUCAAAUCUUCAAGUAACAGAAAUAAUGCACCAAAUGUACCUGAUUCAUUGAUAAGCCCAACGGUACCGAAUAAAAAGAGUAAAUUUACGAAAAUUGCCAAAAAGCUAUUUAAUCAUAAGAACACUGGUACCCAUCAUGACGAUGUGAUAGAGCCUGUUAUUCCUAACUCCUUGAGUAAAUUUCUGCAUUCAUCUUAUGCAAGACAUAAGACCCCUUCACAGUUUUUACACAAUACCCCCGGUCCAUUGAUGGAUUCUAAAUCAGUUUAUUCAUUCAACCCUAGCAUGCCUAAUAAUCCGGCUGACGGUGCGGGCUCUCAACAAGACGAUUACUACUGGAAUAGUUUAUCGAUGUUACACGAUUUUUUAAAACAUCUUCCGACAUUGGAGGCAAACUAUCGAACUUUUACCUCUCAAGAGUUACAUGUGUUAGAGGGAAAUGUUUGGGGGAUAUUUUGCAAUACAGUCUUAGAACUCUUUAAAUCGCAUGAGGUUUGGCAACUGUACGUUAAAAUUGAGGAUAUUAAUAGAAUCCUGGAGUUUUAUAUCAUUCUAAAGACAGAAUCCAAAGCAGCAUCACAACACAAUAAAUUCUUAAAUGAAGUAGAAGAAUUCCUAACAACUUCAUUGUACAUUUUAGAGAAUCAAAUUGUUUUCAAUUACAGUAAUGAAAAUACCAUGAAUACUGCAUUAAAAAGAUUGGGAGUCAUUUGGCAAGUCUUUUACCAACAAGUCUAUUACGACGUUAUGGCAGUUUUAUUACCACUGGAAAAAAGUUUUACUACAAGUCCCAAAUAUUGGUCCUAUGUGGAAGGUUUGUCUCAAAAUGUUUUAUCAGUAGAUUACAUCUUAUUGAGAUCGUUUCGAGAUUCAAUCGUUUUACCCUAUUAUUUGAAUUUCAUCAAUAGUAACGAUGGUGCAAGUAAAAGUUUCCAAUUGUACAUCUUCAAUCAAGAGGAAGAGAACGGUGUUACUGAAGAGGACAAAUUAACUUUAUUACAAUGUUUUGGAGUCUUAAGUACGAUUCCUGGUAAUGACAGGCAUCAAAAAAUCAUUCAAGAGUUGUUGACGGGUGUAAGAAUGAGUAUUUAA